AUGAACCUUGGUCCUGCUAGAAAACAAGAGAAACUACAUAGCAUAUCAUAUUUUCGUGAGAGAAUAAGAUAUGACCAGGAUAUGAUUUUUUCAUCAGACUAUCGUAUUCCUGAGUUACGUGAAGAAGCUAAAGGAUUAAGAGAAGUUCUAAGAAAGAGAGGAUU